GUUUGAUGCCACCCGCCCAAAAAUCUCAAAAAGAAGAAGAAGUUUGUUGUCUAGCAUGGUCCGUUCUUAGUAGAUGGAUGAAAUUAAAACUUAAUAGAUUUUUUUUGGGGGGCCGUAGAGUUAAUACUACAGGUUGGGUUGGAUAUAAUUCAAUAUUUUUAUUCAAUAUUGAAGUCUACAGUGGUAAAACGUCACGUUAAAGCUCAGGAAAAAAACAUUCACAAAAAGGGAGAGCAGCAACAAGCAUGGCUGUAGACAUGAGAUUACCGACCGUUAAAAAUUCAAUGUCGCUAUCAGUUUCUGCUGCUGGCCGAAAAGAUCUGGUUGUCCCCGGAGAUGUUAUCACUUCAGACACUGGGUUCAUGAGGGGUCAUGGCACAUAUGUUGAUGAAGACAAACUGACAGCAUCAGUUGCCGGAGAGGUGCAGAGGGUGGACAAGCUAAUUUGUGUCAGACCACUUAAGACUAGGUUUAACGGUGAAGUUGGAGAUGUUGUAGUUGGCAGAAUUACAGAGGUUCAACAGAAGCGCUGGAAGGUGGAGACCAACUCUAGACUAGACUCUGUCCUCUUGUUGUCAUCCGUCAACCUGCCUGGAGGAGAACUGAGGAGAAGAUCGGCAGAAGAUGAGCUCACCAUGAGAGAAUACCUUCACGAGGGUGAUCUCAUCAGUGCAGAGGUGCAGUCUGUCUUCUCAGACGGGGCCCUGUCACUUCACACUCGCAGUUUAAAGUAUGGGAAAUUGGGUCAAGGAGUGUUGGUGCAGCUUUCCCCUUCUCUGAUCAAGAGGCAGAAAACACAUUUCCAUAACCUACCCUGUGGUGCAUCCAUCAUUUUAGGGAACAAUGGUUUUGUGUGGUUGUAUCCCAUGCCGAGACAACAAGAAGAGGAAGCUGGGGGCUUCUACACCAGUCUGGAGCCUGUGAGCCUGUCAGAUCGAGAGGUGAUUUCACGAUUGAGAAACUGCCUGCUGGCUUUGGCUGCCCAUAAAGUGCUUUUGUAUGACACAAGUGUUCUGUAUUGCUACGAGUCGUCUCUCCAGCACCAGGUCAAGGACAUCCUGAAACCAGAAGUGAUGGAGGAGAUUGUAAUGUUGACACAGCAGAAGCUAUUGGAACAGGAAAGUUAAAAGCCCCAAACCGCAGUGUCUGACCAAAAUCUCAUUAAACCUUUGUCUAAGGAGACCGCUUAUCAUUUACCUGAAGGCUCAACUGGCUUUUGUUGUUUUACAUUUGAUCAAACUCAGUUAUUGAAAACUGAGGAAAAAUUGUGAAAUUAUUAUUUGUGUGUCGAGAUCUUUUGAUAAUGGAUGAUUAACAAAUAAAUUUCUAUUGUCUGAUUACA